UGAUGACGAUGAUGAUUCUGGGGUUGGAUAAUGACAAUGACGAUGAUGGUGAUGAUGAUGACGGUGACAAUCCCGGCACCGCUGCCUCUAACCCCGCCCCCCAGCCCUAACUCCGCCGCCCUUUGUGCCGUGUCCACACCCCAGGACCGCAAACUGACCAAGGCGGAGCAGCAGCGCUUCAAGGAGGAGGCCGAGAUGCUCAAGGGGCUGCAGCACCCCAACAUCGUCCGCUUCUACGACUCCUGGGAGUCCUCGCUGCGCGGCAAGAAGUGCAUCGUGCUCGUCACCGAGCUCAUGACCUCGGGCACCCUCAAAACGUACCUGAAGAGGUUCAAGGUGAUGAAGCCCAAGGUGCUGCGCAGCUGGUGCCGGCAGAUCCUGAAGGGGCUGCAGUUCCUGCACACCAGGACGCCGCCCAUCAUCCACCGCGACCUCAAGUGCGACAACAUCUUCAUCACCGGCCCCACCGGCUCCGUCAAGAUCGGCGACCUGGGGCUGGCCACGCUCAUGCGCACGUCCUUCGCCAAGAGCGUCAUCGGGACCCCCGAGUUCAUGGCCCCCGAGAUGUACGAGGAGCGCUACGAUGAGUCCGUGGACGUCUACGCCUUCGGGAUGUGCAUGCUGGAGAUGGGCACGUCCGAGUACCCCUACUCCGAGUGCCAGAACGCCGCGCAGAUCUACCGCAAAGUCACCAGCGGCAUCAAGCCAGCGAGUUUCCACAAGGUGUCGGACCCCGAGGUGAAGGAGAUCAUCGAGGGCUGCAUCCGGCAGAACAAGGCCGAGAGGCUGUCCAUCCGGGACCUGCUGGACCACGCCUUCUUCGCCGAGGACACGGGGCUGCGGGUGGAGCUGGCCGAGGACGACGCGGGGCUGGAGGCGGCGCUGGCGCUGCGCCUCUGGGUCGAGGACCCCAAAAAGCUCAAGGGCAAGCACAAGGACAACGAGGCCAUCGAGUUCAGCUUCAACCUGGAGGCCGACGUCCCCGAGGAGGUGGCCUACGAGAUGGUGAAAUCCGGGUUCUUCCACGAGAGCGACUCCAAGGCCGUGGCCAAGUCCAUCCGGGACCGGCUGGCGCUGGUGAGGAAGACGAGGGAGAGGAGGCAGGCGGAGAGCCGGGGGGGAGUGACACCAGCUCUGGGGGUGACACCAGCCCAGGGGGUGCCACCAGCUCUGGGAGUGACACCAGCUCUGGGGGUGGCACCAGCCCAGGGGGUGGCACCAGCCCAAGGGAUGCCACCAGCUCCAGGAGUGACACCAGCUCUGGGGGUGGCACCAGCUCCAGGAAUGCCACCAGCUCCGGGGGUGGCACCAGCCCAGGGGGUGCCACCUGGCCCAGGAGUGCCACCCCCAGCUGGAAUGCCACCACCGUUGGUGCCCAUGGUGCAGCUGCAGCCAGGCCCUGGAAUGUCACCAGGUCCAGGAAUGUCAUCAGCCCAGGGGGUGCCACCAGGUUCAGGAAUGCCACCAGGUCCUGGGAUGCCACCAGCCCAAGGAAUGCCACCACAGGCAGUCCCCACCGUGCAGCCACAGCUGGUGCCAGGGAUUGCACCAGCUCCAGGGAUGGCACCAGCUCUGGGGGUGCCACCCCUGUCCAUGAUGCCGCCAGCCGUGGGGAUGUCACCGGCCCCAGAGAUGCCACCUCCAUCCAUGAUGCCACCAGCCCAAGGGAUGCCACCUCCAUCUGUGAUGCCACCAGUCGUGGGGGUGUCACCAGCCCCAGGAGUGCCACCCGCCUCAGAGAUGCCACCAGUCCAAGGGAUGCCACCACCAUCUGUGAUGCCGCCAGCCGUGGGGACAGUCACCAUGCCACCAGCCCCAGGGGUGCCACCAGCCCCAGGGAUGCCACCAGCCUCAGAGAUGCCACCACCAUCCAUGAUGCCACCACCAGCCCAAGGGAUGCCACCAGCCCCAGGGGUGCCACCAGCCCAAGGAAUGCCAGUUCCACCCAUGAUGCCACCAGCUGUGGGGAUGGCAUUGGCCCCGGAGAUGCCACCAGCCGUGGGGAUGCCACCAGUCCAAGGGAUGUGUGAUGCCGCCAGCCAUGGGGAUAUCACCAGCCCCGGAGAUGCCACCACAAUCCGUGAUGCCGCCACCAGCCCCUGGGCCCAUUUUUGGGUCAUUUUGUCGUGUUUUUUUCCGCUCAUCUACCUCACCCCUUCACCAAGCCAGCGAGGUUUCGGGGUGAAUUCACGGGUGUUCUUCUUCGAGAGGGCGGGGAAGGCGUUUG